CGCGUCACAAACGUUCGUAAGCGUUGAACGAAUGACAUUUUGUACUUAACCAAUAAGAAAGAAGCAAAAUUAUUAUUCAGCCAAUUUUUAGUAGAAAGUAUUUUAAUUAAAAAUUUAGAUAUACAGAAUAUAAUUAAGAGAACAAUGGCGCCACAACAAAAGGGUAAACAAGGCACAAAAGGAGCAAAGCAGAUUGUGGAGGAAAAUAAGGCGACAUUGAAGUUUUACAGAAACAUGGCCCUUGGUAGUACCGCAGCCAUGGUAUUGUUAAACUUGGUAUUUUUUGGAAUCAGCAAAGUAACAGUGCUUAUGGGCAUUAUAGCCGUACUAAUCUUAGCCGGUGCCGUUCAAUUCAUGGUUUUCAUGUCAAGACCAAAAUACUCUGAAAAUGGUAGCAUUCUUGAUUCUGGAAACGACUUGAAUAUGGAGGGCGGUAUAGCUGAAAAUGUAAAAGAUCUGAUAAUAUUAACAUCUGGAACAAUUCUCUUGUCCUUAUUAUCUAAUUACUUUUGGUACCUGUUACUCUUGGCGCCGCUGCGUGGUCUUUGGAUGUUGUGGGGUAGCGUUAUACAGCCAUGGCUAUCGCAACGUAAUGCCGCUGACCAAGAACCCGAAUUAGAUGAGAAAAAACAACGUAAACUUGAACGUAAAAUGCGUCGCAUGAGAUGAAGGCGUUAAAGUCGACUAAAAUGGACAUUUAUUUACACAUUGCCCAUAGAGGCUCUCAAAGUCAAUAUUGUAACGUAUGUAAUUGCUGCAAAAACGGUUGUGCCUCAAGUGAGCCGUUUUUACGAUGGAUAAAGCGCUUUUACAACUUACAUUAAGUUUUUUUUUUGUUUUGUGGAGUUGGUAGUUUAAUUUGCGUAUGGAGUUAAAGUAAUUGUGUUUCGUAUUUUUGGCAUAACCAAUUAAAAGUUUUGUCGUUACUUUUCCACUGUAUUUGUAAGACAUAUGCAUAUACAUUUUGUAUACAAUUAAGAAAUAAUAAAGAAACACAAAAUAUAAAACUA